UUGGUAACCACAUUUGUUCUGUUUUAUCCAGAGGUCUUUGAUUCUUUCAGACGGGAUGUCGAAGGACUGAUGAAGAUCACCGCUAAGCUGGACCGUGCUAUAACCUUUGACCUUGUGCAGAAGGUGGGUCAGAAAUACUUUGUGUCCAACAAGGAGAGAGGAUCUUUCCAGAAGGCUGCAGAUUUCUGCCAGCAACGAGGCUUGGAGCUGGCUCUGCCCCAGAGUGAGGAGGAGAACCACAUGCUGCUUCAGCUGAUGGGUCAAGAUGAGAAAAGAGCCUGGAUCAACAUCAACAUGAGAAAGUCAGGAGGGAACUUCCUGUCCGACAUGAAAAAUCGACCUCUGACCUUUACCAAAUGGGGAGAAAGCCAGCCGGAUGAAAGCAUUCAGGACAGCGGCUGCAGCAUGGCAGCUGAGGACGGCACCUGGAGAGUGACGGCAGACUGUUCUCUGGACGCUGACAUCAUCUGUCAGCUGUAGGAAGAUCAUCCACCAGGCAGCUUCCUGAGUAAUAUAGAUAUGACUUUAGCUAACCUUUGUAGAGCGGUGCUUCAGCCUUUUUACAACUUAAUCCAGAUUAGCGCAUUCAGACUGCUGUCAUCACUCAGUCUUGAUCUGUUUGUCCUGAUGGCGUUUAUUCACACUCAGUCUAAUAAUCAUUUCACAGAUCCUUUAUAUAUGACACAUUUAGGUGUCCAUACUUAAUGAGAUUGUUGAAUGCCGUAAUGAUUUUUUUAAUAGUAUAUUAAUAGUCAUUAGUGGAACUCAAUGAGAAAUAUUUGUGUGAAACAUACUGUAUACACUGUUAAGUUUAAUUCUUUAUCAUAAAUAAAGAUUUGACUGAUAGAUAAAAUG